AGAGAGAGAGAGAGAGAGAGAGAGAGAGAGAGACGCACAUAAACACAGACAGACAGACAGAGAUCAUAUGCCGCAAUACCAUAAAUUCAACCUCACUGCAAAAUCUUCCUCCUCCUCCUCCUCCUCCUCCUCCUCCUCCUCCUCCUCCUCCUCCAGCACUAAACUUAAUCUUUUCAUACCCACAAAGGUCAGAAACCGUGACAGACAGAGACAGAGACAGAGACAGACGAUAGACAAUAAAAAAAAAAAAACAACAUAACGGAACAGAAACGGAACGAAAGACACAGAGAGAAACAAUAAACGGAAAAGAAGAGAAAGAAAAAGAAAAGGAGAACGGAAAAAGAGGAAAAUAACUUGAAUUAAGAAAGAGGAUAGAAAAAAUAAAUUCGACUUUUUAAUGUGAUGGAAGGAAUGACAAUGUGAAAAAUAGCAAAGAAAAUGGAGGAAUAAAUUUGCAUGAAAGAAAACGGGAAGUUCCUUGGUGUACCUGAGUGUUGAUUGCCUCACGCACUCACGCACGCACACACUCACCUGUCCAGGAGAGAAGAGCAGGUGUGAGGAAGGUGUAAAGAAGUCUGGGAGAGGAAGAAGAUGAAGUCAUAUCCUGCAAGUCUCCGCCUCCUCCUCCUCCUCCUCCAGCUGCUCCUCUUCCUCCUCUUCCUCCUCUCCGUUACUGAAGGUGCAGCGAGGGACGGACACCCACACACAGCAGGGGACGCACUACAGACGCACCAACAUAAGGAAGGUAUCGAAAACAUCCUCUCACUUACUGCCCAAGAAGUGACGGAGGUUUUUGAAGCCCCGGGAGACACAAAUGUUACUGCUGGUCUUGAGUUUGAGCCCCCUGAGGUGUCUACAGAGGCCACAGGGGAUGGACUGGUGGUGGAAGGUAAUGAAGUGGUAUCGGACACUCGUGACUCUGCAGAGGACGCGAUUAUGGACUUUAUUAAUGAGUUUAUUGGCACACCGAGCGAGCCUGAUUCCCCCGAUGCCGUUGUAGUCAAAAUUCCCAACCCUCGGAACUACCUUGACUUGCUAGUGGAGAAUUUGACCCGUGAAGACCUCAGGGAAGAGGAGGAGGGGGCGAAACAAGAGGGAGAGGAGCCAGCGUUGAGUUAUCAUGACUUGGUGGUGGCUAACCUCACACGACAAAGGCUCGGCGAAGAGGGAGAAGGAGAGGGGACGGGAGACGAAGAUGAGCCGGUGAGUUGCGGCGGCUUUAUUUCUCUUUAUGAUGAGACACAACGCACCAUCGCAUCACCAGGCUACCCCAAUAACUACCCCCCAAAUGUGAAGUGUGAGUGGACCGUCGCGGGGCUGGCCAGCACUGACUCAGACCAAGUGCACCUGUGGAUCUCAGACUUUGAGCUGGAGGACAGUAGCUGUCGGUCUGACUCUCUGCGGAUCGUGGACAACCUGGUGGGGUCAUCGAUGGUGCUGUGCGGCGAGCAGCGGCGGCAGGGCAUCACGUCCCGGGGCAACACCUUGACGCUGACCUUCACCAGUGACGCCACGGUGGAGCACAAGGGCUUCCUCAUCAGAGUGUUCGUCCUCAAGUCCACCUGUGGCGAAGUGGUGCAGACGCUGGGCCUGGACCCUGUCUUCCUCUCCACUCCGAGCUUCCCUCUGGCACCUCCCUCAGGAUCGCAGUGCCACUGGCUGGUGGUGGCCAAGUCUGAAAUGUCCCUGAGUCUGAGUGGCAACCCGGGGCAGGUCAAAGGUCAGGGUUUGAUAAAGAUUUCUACGGAAGCUUUCGGGGAGUAUGAGAAAUAUGACCCAGACCAGAUAUACUUGUCCGACAUAUUCACUAUUAUGUACACCGCGCCUUCUGACCCCGAGGCCUCGCAGCAGCACGGCCUGCAGUUCCAAGUGGUUCCCACAAACCGCGUGGACUCCUGCAACAAGUCACUGGUGGUCACUAACGAGUCAGUCGCCGUCAUCACCUCCAGCAAGUACCCGCAGGGCUACCAGGCCAACAGCAGGUGUUGGUGGACGCUGCACUACACUGCCGGCCCUGAGUACCGCUCCAUCCUCCGUAUGGUGGACUUCGACGUGGAGGAUGGAAAUUCGUGCCGUUAUGAUCACCUUGAGAUCGUCGACGAGCGACUGACGACAGCACAGCGAUUCUGCGGCGACAGGAGCGGCUUCCAGUACUUCACGGAGAGCCGCAAGUUGCUGCUGUUCUUCCAGAGUGACGGGAACAACUUCGGGCGUCACCGCGGCUUCUUUCUGGUGGGUGCCACUGAGCGGAUCAGGAACAACGAGUGCACGGUACACAAAACCAACAACGUCACAUACGUGUUCGCCUCCCCGCCGCCUCGCCCCCUCGCACCAGACUACUCCGUCUGCAACCAUUCCUUCACUGGCCCCGUUGGUAGCCGCUUCGCAGUGCGCUUCAAUUAUUUCUUCCUGGAGAAGAACAAGAAAUGCGAGGCGGGGAACCACCUGGCGAUGAAAGACUCUGGUGUUAACAGAAUAGAAUACUUCUGUGGCGACAACACAGGCCUCGCGUUUCUCACUGCUGGCAACCUGCUGAGCUUCUCCUACCACGCCACCGGCACGGAUCCCACGCAGCGCUUCGAGAUGGAGAUCAGGGAGGUUCCUGAUCCAGGGUGUGGCGGGAACCACGUGCUGUACCCAGGCCAGGAGGUGGUACUGCGCACGCCUGGCGAGGGUCCGGUGGAGCAGGACUGCAUCUGGGUGGUGCAGGGCCAGGAGAACAGCCUCCUUCUGUUGGACUUCAAGAACGUGAAGACGGAGCUGCAGGUCUCACAGACUGGCCUCUACAACGACCUCUUCACCUAUGAGCCACGGACGCUGCACUUCAUAGGGCCCGCAAAGAGCUACAUGAUCGUGUCCCGGGAAACAGGGGUCACCAUCACCGUGACAGCCUACGCCUCCUUCUCGCAGUGUCACGCAGCCGUCAAGCUUGGAGGGUGGCCUGUGAUCGUGACAAACCUCGGCGUCGUGCCCUGCCACCAGGUGAUAACCUCCGGCAAGGAUAAAGUGCCGUCAGUCACCUCCAUCCAGUACACUCUGCUGUCUGCCAGUCCCUCCACCUGCCCCGUGGAAGUGACCGACGAGGAGGAGGGCGCCGUCUUCGACCUCUGCAGCAAGGACUGGAAGCGUCAGUAUGAGACAUCUAGCAUGAGACUGCACCUCAACGCCAUUGGGAGCAGCGAGGCGGAGAGCACCUACGUCCUGCUAGUGUCAGCCGUCACCACGUCGUGCGGGGACACCUUCGACGUGCGGGGAAAAGUCAUUGUGAGGAGCAGGAACUUGGAAAAAGGUGUCACCUGCGUGUACAGGUUCGUUGGGGACGGCAGGAGGAUGGUGCUUGACGUCACCACUAGUUCCAGGCGAGCCCUGUCUUACAUCAGGGUGUCCACUGACGGCUCCUACCAGACCCUGAAGGAUGUGACCCCAUACGCCAUGACUUCCUUGGAGACGACCCGCGAGUUUCUGGUGGUAGUGCGUCCCUUCCCGCGCGGUGUGAGCUUCGUUAUCCACGUGACGAAGGCACCGCUUGUCUCCUCCCCCUGCGACACCUGCAUCGUCCUGCGGGAAGGGAGUCAGGGCGUCAUCACCUCCCCGCACUCCCACGGCUUCUCCACCUACCCCGCACACCUCUCCUGCAGCAUCAAGUUCGAGUCAGAGGAUCGCAACAGGAGCGUGGUGCUGGAGGUGCAACACCUUGACCUGCCCGCCAACACCUCCCUGGACCUCCUCAAGGUGGUAAAGGACGACAAGGCGACGCUCAUCGACCCUUCACGAGUCACCUGGCUGCCCUUCACGCUGGUGCUCGACACGCCCUUCACGCUCAGGUUCAGGACCAAGACCAACAAUGAGUUCGAGGGCUAUAGGAUACGCUACGACGCCAACGACUGCGGGGGCAUCGUCAGACUAAAGAAGGACUUGCCCAUCACCAUACGAUCCCCGAACUCCUGGGGUCAGUACCCAACCCACACCCGCUGCGUGUGGCUCGUGGAGGCCAGCGGGUCCAGGAUCAGCGAUAGGAUCAAGCUCAAGGUGGUGCAGUUCAAUGUCCACGAGUCAGACAUUGUGGAGGUGUUCGACCCGCUGCAGUCCGCCGCCCCUGUGGCCGUGUUCAGAGGAGACGCCGCCGGGGACACUGUGAAGAGUGUCGGGCACCAGCUGAGGAUCGUCUUCACGUCUGACGGGCGCUACGUGAGGAGCGGCUUUGCCCUGAGGCUGCGGGCCGUGGCGUCAGGCUGCGGCGAGGACAUAGACACAAGUCUCAGGGCGGAGGGCAUCAUCUCCAAUCGAGACUCCAGCUCCAACUCAGAGUACUGUUUGUUUCGCCUGAAGCCUAACCCUGGGAAAGUGGUGGCCCUGAAGCCUCUGAAAGACACCGGCGGCAAGAAGAACAAGCCUCAGGGUGGUGGGGGCGAGGACCUGCAGCAGGAUGGGCAGGGGCAGGAGGUGGUGCGGGUGGACGGGGAGUGCAGCAGAGGCAAGGUAGUGGUGUCCACCAGCGGAGCGCUCAGCGAUGGCGUGAGGUACUGUGUGGGCGAGGAGAUGCCGACACUGCACUCCACCACCGACGUGCUGCUGCUGGUAGAGACGCCGGCCGCCUCGCCCAUUUCGUUUGGUUAUGAGGUGGUGGGCGGGUGUGGCGGAAACCUUGUGGGUCCAGGCGGGAUCCUCACGUCCCCGCGUCACCCUGACCGUUUCGUGGGCCCCGUCACCUGCGUGUGGACCUCCCGCCUGUCCGUCCUAGUGACCGUCACUCACCUUGACCUUGACCCGCACCUAGACCAUCUCGCUCUCGCCGAGCCCACCCGCGCCAUCACCCUCUCCGCCGCCCACCUCCCGCGGCGCGUCCUGCUGGAGGGCCCCAGCACCAUCACCUUCACGGGCGGCAGCGUUGGGGUGAGGAGAGGGUUCCGCCUCCACUAUGACUGCGUGGUGCUGCAGAGGACGUGGCACAUCAACGUGGGCAGCCCCGCCGUCAUCCUGGGCUGGCACCACGGGCAGCCUGAGGCAAGGGCGUGGCGAGUCACUGCUGCCGAGCCUGGCCGUGAGUUUGUGGUGCGGAUAUGGGCGGCGUAUGUACCUGGAGACCCGUCCUGCGAGGUGGAUUAUCUGGAGGUGGCCGGGGCGGAGGGAGGCGCCCAGCGGAUGUGUGGCAGUAAGAUGCUGCACACUCUACACCUCCCACCCCACGACCUGACCGUCCUGCUGCACAGCUCAGCCUCCGUGGCGGGCUUCGUGGUCACUGUGCACCUUGUCACAUGAUGAACACUGGCGCCAAGGUUCCGUCUGAGUGAGUGACGGCGACGCAGCAGCAGUCACGUGGCACUGUGGGGGAAGCACGGAAGUAGUGUUGAUGGAGCUGUGUGUGUGUGUGUGUGUGUGUGUGUGUGUGUGUGUGUGUGUGUGAGUGUGUGUGUGUGUGUGUGUGUGUGUGUGUGUGUGUAGUUUCGGUUGUAGAGUUUUGAAUGUUGCUGUUAGUUGUUGUUACGGUUCUUGCUGCUGCUGCUGCUGCUGCUGCUGCUGUUGUUAUUGUUGUUGUUCUUGUUGUUAUAAAUUUUGUAUUAUUGAGGCUCUCUUUCUAACUUAUUCCGUAUUGUACGAUAUUAACGAUAGAAUACUAAGUCAACACGUCUUGUUUUCAAGAUUUUGUUAAUAUAAUUAAUUUACUGUUUAUUUUCUUUGUUAAGCUGCGGGCAUUGGUGGUCACACAAAAGACAGAGAACACGAUGCAUGGAACAAUGAAUUAACAAACACACAACGCUCCUAAUGAGGCGGUGUUGUCUACUUUUAUUGAGAUUUCACUUGUUAACUAAUCAGAUUAUUUAUAUAUUUUAUAUAUUAACCAAACUACUUAUUUAUCCAAUUGUUUUUACAUGUUAACUAAUUAGAUUAUAUAUUUUUCUCUUAAUUAAGCAAAUUAUUUAUCUAUUUAUUUAUUACGUGUUUAAGUCGAAAUUAGGUCAAGUUGUAAGUUGACAGUGCCACACAGGUAACCUUAGUGCAGGUAGUCACUUGUAAGACAGGUAUGCACAGGCGUUCCCACGAGGAUGGCCGAGAUGCAAAGCGGGUUUUCCAAGCAAUAAAAUGAGUGAAACCUGA